CUCACUCACAUUGUUAAAGCUUACGAAUUAAAGUGAAAAUGGGGUGGUGGGCGUCUGCCUCUGCAACACCUCGUUCUUGCCUUUUUAAUUCUUAUAGAGUUUCUUCAUCAUUUCCAAAUGCUAGGACUAGAAAUCGUGCUACCCAGUUUUCACCUUCUGCUACGCCUCGUUCUUACUUUUUGUCCAAGAAGAACAGGUGUAUCAUCACCAAUUGCACAACAAGUAGUAAAAAGAUGGAAUUUGAAUCUUCUGCCGAUGUUGAUUGUGUGGGAACAGGCACAGAUGUGGAGUGCCUUGUCACUUCAAUAAGCAAACAAGAAGUAAAAGAAAAAGAUGAAGAAAAAGAAAUUGAUUUGGUUAUGUUGUUGUGGGAAUGGGCAGUUUUGGUUUCACCAUUUUUCUUUUGGGGAACAGCAAUGGUUGCAAUGAAGGAGGUGUUGCCAAAGGCUGGCCCUUUCUUUGUGGCUGCAUUCCGUCUAAUUCCUGCUGGAUUACUUUUGAUUACUUUUGCGAGUUACCAACGUAGAAGCCUUCCCUCUGGACUCAUGGCUUGGUUUUCAAUCUCUCUCUUUGCUCUAGUUGAUGCUUCCUGUUUUCAGGGAUUUCUUGCUCAAGGAUUGCAGAAAACUUCUGCUGGUUUAGGCAGCGUGAUAAUUGAUUCACAACCGUUAUCAGUUGCUGUGCUGGCGUCUUUGUUGUUUGAUGAGUCCAUUGGACUAGUUGGAGGUGCAGGCCUUGUUCUUGGUGUCAUUGGACUUUUGCUUCUUGAGGUUCCAGCACUUAAUUUUGGUCAGGAUGAUUUUUCAUUAUGGGGAAGUGGGGAGUGGUGGAUGCUCCUUGCAGCUCAGAGUAUGGCAGUUGGUACUGUCAUGGUUCGGUGGGUUUCCAAGUAUUCUGAUCCUGUUAUGGCAACAGGAUGGCACAUGGUAAUUGGUGGUCUCCCUCUUGUGGUAAUCUCCAUCCUUGUUCAUGACCCUGUCUCUAGAGGGAGUCUUACGGAUUUCACAUCAAGUGAUGUAUUGUCACUUCUUUAUACCUCUAUAUUUGGUGGUGCUAUCAGCUAUGGCGUAUACUUCUACAGUGCAACCAAAGGUAGCUUGACCAAGCUCAGUUCCCUUACUUUUCUUACACCAAUGUUUGCUUCAAUCUUCGGGUUUCUAUAUCUUGGUGAGACCUUCUCACCAUUGCAACUGGUUGGAGCUGUUGUUACUGUAAUUGCAAUUUACGUGGUUAACUAUCGGGACAGUUCUAAGUGAUGCAUAUGGUUGGUAUGGUGGCACUCAACAUUUCAGCAGAGAAGUCGGCUCACUGGUCUCUAGGCUUUCCUCUUGACCAAGACAUUCUUAAGUCAUAUAUCUAUUUGGAAAGUAAGUUUUAAUCAAAGGGGAGAGAGAGGUUAAAAAAGGGCAUUGGAGCAUGGCUGCAUGGGUGUCAAUCAUGGGUUGUUGUGGCCAUUAAAAAUUGGAAAAGUUGGGACCAUUUACGCAGGCAGGUUGAAAGUCUGAAGUUUUUAAGCUUUUUUGCCAGGAUGUCUCUCGGUAAAAAAAUUAUUGGUGCUUGUUAGUUAUGAUGGCUUAGCUGUUUUAUGCAAGUUCUGUUCUUCAGUGCUAUGUAAAAAUGAUAAAGUCUUCUGCGUUUGACAGCAGAAAAUACUUGUGGGGUGUUCCAUGGUUUAGAAAUGACUCUAGAUGGUGUAUAUCUGAAAGGCAUUGAGAGGAACAGAUAAUAUUCACCAUUGUUCAUUUCUCUUGGAUUUGGAAAGGAUAGAUUUUCUUUAGGGACUUACAGGCUUCUAAGGAAUUGCUAUAUAA